AUGGGGUGUCAUAAAUGUUUCUUCACUAUUGCAAAAUUCAAUCACCUUAAAGAUUAUUAUGCUAUACUCAAUAUAUCCUAAAAAAUAGAUUUAAAAAAGCCUUAUUACUCUUUUGCUAAGAAAUUUCUUCAAGAUCUUAAUUAAGAAAAAGAAGAAAAGUUAAUGAAGCGUAUGAAGUUUAAAUUUUGAAUAUACCUAUAUAAAUACUUUCUGAUUAAAAUAACUAAAGUGAUAAUGAUAAUUUGUGAAAUUCAGAUAUAAAUUAAUAAAGCUAUUAACAUUUAGAGUAAUAUUAAGAUCAGAGGAGAAACUAUGCAAAUCAAUAAUAAUAAUCUUAUCCUACUAAUUAAAAUUAUAGGCAUAUAAAUAUAAUAAAUAGAUUUAAAUAUGGAAUACAAGAACAGCAAAUGAGUAAACCUUAAAAAAGACAUCAUACAUUUUUACUAUUAGUAAUAAUAAUAAUAAUAUUAAAAAAGGCAUAAUAAAAUAAUUAUGAAGAAGAAUUUUGAAGAAGGUAAGAAACUUUCAAUUAAUUUGCAUAAGAAACCUUAUUUAGGAUAUAAAGAGAGUAUUAAGUUAGACAAUAAUAUUAGAAGCGAACAUAUUAAUUUUUUAUUGAAAAGGUGAGAGAGGCUUAUGAAAAUUAUCAAAGAUAAUAAGAAUAUGAACAGCAUCAAAAGCGAAUAAUUUGUAAUUCAAUAAACUUUUAUGAAAAAUUUAAAAAAAAGCCAAAAAAUUUUGAAAAAGCGUUGAAAAAAUUUAUAAAAUUGGAAUUAAAUUAAGUCUAAUGUAAGUUCCUUAUGGAAUUAUAUUAAAUGAAAAAAAGAAUGAAAUUUAAUAAUAUUUAAAAUUGUCUAAAGUAAUUAGGAUAAUUAUCAUCUUCUUUCCCAAUAUAUAUUUAUCUUCAAGAAAAUUUAAAAAUAUUUUAUAAAUAAAAAAUUUAAAUCUCAAUUAAUAUCAGAAUAUAAAGCAUGAUUUUCUUGUUGUUAAUAGAAAAUUACAAAAAUCUGAUAAUAAAGGUUAAAUUGGAUUAUAAUAGAUUAUUUAAUAUAUUUUAAUGA